UGCCACUGCGCUACCUUGCGAGCAAGCAAAAACCCGUCGUUCUUGAUCAGUUCCCAAAUUCCCAUGGUCGUCAUGCGUCUCCUCCUCCUCCUCCUCCUCCUUUGUGGGUUUCUUUUCUCGCUGCACGCCCCUUCACGCGCUACGGCAGCAGACACACUCUCACGCGGCCGUUCGCUGGCUGGAGACGAGAGGCUUGUCUCUAGCAACGGCAAGUUCGCGCUUGGCUUUUUCCAGAUGGGCAGCAAGCCCUCCAACAACACUUUCAACUCAUACCUUGGAAUAUGGUUCCACAACGUCCCCAAGCUGACACCUGUGUGGAGUGCCAACGGGGAACACCCAAUUUCCAAUCUCGUUUCACCGGAGCUCAUGAUCUCUGGUGACAACAACUUGGUCAUCUUAGCUCGGGACACCAUCAUUUGGUCUACCCAGGCCAACAUCACAGUCAACAGCACGGUUGCUGUAUUGUUGGCUAAUGGAAACCUUGUUCUACGGAGUUCUUCCAAUUCCUCGGACAUAUUUUGGCAGAGCUUUGACUAUCCAACUGACACCUUGCUACCAGGUGCAAAAUUUGGCCGAAACAAGGUCACCGGUUUCAAUCGCCGGUUUGUUUCAAGAAGGAAUUUGAAUGACCAAGCACCUGGUAUUUAUUCCAAUUCUCUAGCCCUUGAUGAGAGCAUGAGGUUAUCAUGGAAAUCAUCUACAGAAUAUUGGUCUUCUGGUGAGUGGAACGGCAAAUACUUCAACUCGUUACCGGAGAUGUCAGAUCGCACUUUCAACAAUUAUAUGCUUGUCAACAACGACCAAGAGAUUUACUUCUCCUACACCUUGGUGAAUGAGAGCACAAUAUUUCAGGUUCUAUUAGAUGUCUCUGGUCAAUGGAAGGUGCGCAUAUGGGGCCAACAUGAUUGGAUCACAUUCAGCUACUCUCCAAGAAUUCAAUGUGAUGUCUAUGCUGUAUGUGGAGCUUUCGCAAUCUGCUCUAAUAAAGCAAAUCCAUUAUGCUACUGCAUGAAGGGCUUCUCUAUAAGAUCUCCUGACGAUUGGGAACUAGAGGACAGAACUGGUGGGUGUAUCAGAAAUACUCCAUUGGGUUGCAAUGGCAGUGACAAAAGUACAAAAGGUAUGACAGAUAAAUUUUAUCCUGUGCCAUUCAUUAGGCUGUCUGCUAAUGGCAUAGGCAAACAAAAUGCUACUAGCGCAAAAGCAUGUGCAGAACUUUGUUUGAGUAAUUGCUCUUGCACUGCAUAUUCCUAUGGUCAAGGUGGUUGCUCUAUUUGGCUCGACGAACUAAUUAAUGUAGCUACUGAUGAUAAUGGAGAAAUUCUCUACCUUCGUCUUGCUGCAAAAGAAGUGCAAAGUUGGAAAGGUCACAAACAUGGAACGAUCAUCAGUGUCUCUGUUGGUGUAAGCAUUGUAGCUUUAGUAUUCAUAUUUCUAUUUGUGAUCUGGAGAAGUAGGAAGCGGUCUAGUCCUCAAAUGGACAAUGAUCAGGGUGGCAUUGGGAUCACUGCAUUCAGGUAUGUUGAUAUGAAACGUGCAACUAAAAAUUUCUCAGAGAAGUUAGGCGUAGGUGGUUUUGGUUCUGUAUUUAAGGGGCACCUAAGUGACUCGGUUGCCAUAGCAGUGAAAUGUCUAGAUGGUGCGCAGCAAGGAGAGAAGCAGUUCAGGUCUGAAGUGAGUUCAAUAGGCAUCAUCCAGCAUGUCAAUUUGGUUAAACUUAUUGGGUUUUGUAGUGAAGGUGAUAGGAGGCUACUUGUGUAUGAAUACAUGCCAAACCGUUCCCUUGAUGCCCACUUAUUCCAGAGCCAUGGUCCUGUUUUGGAUUGGAACAUCAGAUAUCAGAUAGCUCUUGGUGUUGCCAGAGGUCUAGCGUACUUGCACCAUAGCUGUCGAGACUGCAUAAUACACUGUGAUAUCAAACCACAAAACAUACUUCUUGAUGCAUCUUUCACUCCAAAAAUAGCUGAUUUUGGGAUGGCAAAGUUUCUAGGGAGGGAUUUUAGCCGUGUUGUGACUACUAUGCGAGGAACUAUUGGAUAUCUUGCUCCUGAAUGGAUUAGUGGAACAGAUAUUACAUCAAAAGUUGAUGUUUACAGUUAUGGGAUGGUUUUGCUGGAGAUCAUAUCAGGAAGGAGGAACUGGGGUAAAAAGUCUUUUACUGAUGAUGAUCAUGCUAGAUAUUUUCCUGUGCAAGUCAUGGACAAGCUUCUCAAUGGGGGCAUUGGAAGCCUUGUAGAUGCAAACGUGCUUGGUGAUGUCAACCAGGUUGAAAGGGUCUGCAAAGUUGCAUGUUGGUGCAUUCAGGACAAUGAAUUUGAUCGUCCUACAAUGGUUGAGGUAGUAAAGUUUCUCGAGGGUUUGUCUGAGCCUGAUAUGCCCCCAGUGCCAAGGUUGCUCCAUGCUAUGACUGGUGGCUCACCUUCGAUGUGAUUGUGUUCUUCAGCUUUACAAGUUCGAUAUGUAAGACCUCUUUGUAAUGUACCCAAGUUGUGGAGACCCUGUUGAAAGAUAAUUUCACUGAUUCUA